AUGUGCAGCCGUGACUCCUAUCGCGUGUUCGGAUAUUUUCUCGGUUUCCUGUGGAUGAUCAGUGCCGUUUACUACACCGCCGAGACAAUCGAACUACUGAAACUAAUGAAACUCCAGUGUGGUGCUCGGAAGGGUAGCACAAAAGCUGCUGAACCGCAGGACACUGGCCUCGCUCGGUUGCAGUUCGACGACGAAAUGAUUGGUAAAGUUUGUGAAUUCUACACCCACCUGGAUGUGUUCUUGCCAUAUCACAUCAUCACGACCAUUAUCAAGAUGACGCCCGGUGCUCUGUUGGUGGUUGGAAUCUUUAAGAGCAACAUCACGUUAGUACAGGUCUUUGCAGUGUACGGAAUUCUCGAGGAGUCUUUCUUCGUCAUCGUUUUCUCUAAGAUAUUCGCCGUCAUCCAAACCUUUGACAAGAACGUGUGGAUCUACUGGAUAAUUGUGAUAUUCUGCCUGAAGCUGUUUUUCUCCAUUUGGAUACUACUUGGGGUGUACGCGGCACUUCAACCACCCUCGAGGCAACGGACAGCACGAGUCUAG